CUAAUGCAUUAUAUUGUAUGAUUUAGGGUUAUCAUUUUCGUUUUAUUCAGAAAAAUAAAAAUAUUAAAAAAUUAUUGUCCGAAGAAGGUACCUAUAACAGUAAUGUUGUAGAUAAGAACUUUGUACUAUUGGUGAGAGAAAUGACUGACAAACAGAAAAUUUUGGUUUGUGGUGAUGUGGAAGGAAAAUUUGAUGCUCUUUUCAAGCGAAUUGAAGCUAUCAUAAAAAAAUCAGGACCUUUUGACAUGUUGUUAUGCGUUGGAAAUUUUUUUGGAAUCAACAAUAAGGAAUUCAUUCCUUAUAAAACUGGUGAUAAGAAAGUUCCCGUUAUCACAUAUAUUUUGGGGCCAAAUAAGGAAGAUCAUUUAAGAGAGUAUCCUUCAGACGAAUCUGAGUUUGAAUUGUGCCCUAACGUUUAUUAUUUAGGUAAACGUGGGGUGUACACAGACAGCAAGGGUCUCAAAAUAGCUUAUAUAAGUGGAUUAUCAGGGACCGACUCUGUUGGACCAUGGACUUAUUCCGAAAAAGAAGUUUCUGAACUUUGUGAUGUGUGCCUCAAAGGAAACCCUUCGUUCAGAGGUGUAGAUAUUUUGCUGUCAUCUCAGUGGCCAUCUAAUAUUAUUGCCGGGGAUUCAAAAGAGGUUUCAUUAUCAGUGAAAGCCACCAGUGAUCUACCUAGUUAUCUGUGUAUGAAACUCAAACCGAGGUACAUUAUCAGUGGCAUCGAAGGCGUAUUUUAUGAAAGGCCACCUUUCAGAUGUCCGAAUUUGGGAGAUCAUGAUGUUACCAUGGAAACUGUUUCUCGAUUCAUAGCACUGGCAAGGGUCAGUAAUGCAAAUAAACAAAAAUGGAUAUAUGCACUGAGUCUGACACCACUAGACAAAAUGAAACUGAGUGAACUAUUACAGAAGACAGUAGACGAGACACUUUGUCCCUUCAAUUUCUAUGAUUUGGAAAGUAAAAUUUUCAACAGCAAAAGGAAAUAUUCAGGGCCCAGUCAGUAUUUUUAUGAUAUGAAUGCCUCAAACAAUGCAAGUAAAAGUACUAAAAAAAAUAAUAAGAAACCCAGAAUUGAAUUCGAUCAAAGUAAAUGUUGGUUUUGUCUUGCAAGCCCCUCAGUGGAAAAACACCUCAUUAUUUCAGUUGGAACUUCAGCUUACUUGGCACUUGCAAAAGGUGCCCUUGUGGAAGAACAUUUUCUUAUAUGUCCAAUAGAGCACUACCAGAGUAGCAUAGGUCAACCAAUAGAGGUAUUGGAAGAAAUUGAGAAAUUCAAGGAUUCCCUUCGCAAGUUUUAUGACCGAGAUGGAAAAAUUCCAGUAUUUUUUGAAAGAAACUACAAAACUUCUCACAUGCAACUUCAGGCAGUUCCCAUACCGAAAAAUGCUAUGAAGAAUUUAAAAGACAUAUUUUUAGAAGAAUCAGAAUGCCAGGGAUUCAGAUUGGACAUUCUUGAUAAUCAUAAUCGUUUAGAUCAAGUACUGCCUCCAAAAGCACCAUAUUUCACCGUUGAACUACCAGAUGGUACUUUGAUGUAUACAAAGAUUGAAAAGUCUACUCAAUUUCCUUUGAAUUUUGCUAGAGAAAUUCUUGCUUCAGGACCGAUCCUGAAUGUUUCCAAUAGGACUGAAUGGAAAGAAUGUUUGUUAGAAAAGAAAGAAGAAGAAACGUUGGUUAUGAGGUUGAGAACAGACUUUGAACCUUUUGAUUUUACUCUGUAACAUUUCCGUAUUUAUUCACCAUAUAUA